GCCUGCUGGGCUAGCGGCGCCGCUCGCUUGACGUAACAGGGAUAUGUCUCAUGGCAGGUUAACAGCCAGUCCUGAAAGUAAAAGCAGUCGCAAGAACUCUUUGGGGCUCAAUGGCUACCGUGCAACUACAAUCUUCCCUCGCGACGUCGUUAACGUGAGACAACAACCAGUUCAUAGACAGGGUGGGAAGUUAAUUUGAAGCGAAGAGGCUACUUGUGCUGUUCUGUUGCUACAACUUUGCUCAGUUCAGCAGCCGCUCAGCCGCGACCACACCCUCCCUGCUUCCUCAUAGUACUGUAGCGGGAGCGCGCAGCACGACUUUGAAUCUCUGGGAAUAACGGCCACUUCUUCCAGCUACGUUUACAGUUUCGUGACCGUGGAACCCCCGAAGACAAGUGAGUUAAAUGUUCAAAGACCACCGACUGGUAUGGAUAUAAAAAACGAGUCCCCACAGAAGAUAUGCGGGAGUACACAAUAUCUGGUCCCGAGUUAAGACGCGGAGGAGGAGGAGGUGGAGGGCGGACACACGGACGAUGCAUAUGGAGUCGAAGCGACCGGAGCAACUGCUAGCGUCUAACCCAGGGCUCUGUUUGAAAAAGAAGAGAUUGAAAGUGGAUUGAGGGUGGAUUUGGCUUGUUGGAAAGUCGCCCUCGUGGUGGUGUUUACUUGGGAAAAUUCAUGGAAUGAUGGUGCUGGAGGGAAACACAUGUCUUCCCGCUGUCCAGAAGAGCUGCCCAGGUGCCCCGUGUGUAUCCAGCAUGAGUCCGCCAGGCCGGUCACACUCAGUGGGAACAAGUCGGACAAGAUCUCGGUGCUGUUUCAGGCUACUUGCUCUGACGCGAGUGGACACAAAAUGAUAUCCUAUUGAUUGUAGUCACACAAAAAAGACGUUGAAGCCAUUGACUAAAUGUUGAGGUGAUGUUUGCUUGGCUAUAGUCCUCAAAAGACCCCAAGAAAAGGCAUCUAACUACAAACCUAGCACAGAGUCAGUUCAGCAGAUGUAAUUCCAAUUGGGAACUUGUCUUAAACAAUUAAGGAGCUUUUUGACAUAAUAAUAAUAUUCUCAAUCUGCACUUUGCCUUUUUAGAAGGCAUCUUGGUGGCACUGCAGUUUGUGUGUGUUUUUUUCUUCUUUUUUCAACAUCCUGUGAAUUCUUUUGUUCCAUGAAAAAACCUGGGACUACAAUGACAAUAUUUACUUUAGGAUUAUGUUGUUCAGGGCAUUUUAAAUUAAUGUGUUAAGAUAAGAGCAUAUAGCUUAUUACACUGAUCACUCUGACAUCGUGUGGGGCUUUGAUUUGACUGUGUUACAUUGCAGUUUUUUUUACUAAUAACCGUGGCAGGUAACUGGGAAUAUGCCAGAUCAUAGUUUAGACCUGUAUUAUGGUGUAUACGACACACAAAUUAAUAAUGGGGAUGUACUUCAAACAUACGUAGAUGCAGUUAUUGAGUUAUGCUCUUUCAACAUGUUUACAUUGAGAAUACAUGUCCUGUGUGUCGGCAUACAAUGUUCAGUGGGUUACUUAUACUCUGAAGGAUUUUAAGGAAGACUGUUUGGCCAGUUGUUAUUUUAAAAGAGUUUGUAAAAAACAAAAAAAUAAGCAGGGCGGGUGAGGCUUAUCUCGGAAAUGUCUUAAACAGGACAAUGCAGUGUGCCGUAGCGGAAAACUAUAAAUAACUGAACUCCUCCAGAAGAGCAGUUUGACCCUCACCCCCCUAUCUCCCCCUCCUUAUUAUGGCUAGUGGUGGCUCGGGCAAAUCGGCCAGCGAGGGAUCGAGCAGCGCGCCCUGCGUCAGUGUGCAGCAGCGGAAGCGUCUCUCCUCCAUCUGUGACACGUGUAAGAGCAAGAUGCAGCUGGUGGCCGACCUGCUGCUGCUGUGCAGCGAGACGCGGCCCGUCAUGACGUCGGAGGGCGUGGCGGUGGCGGACACCUUCGACCAGUGCCGUGACACAGUCAUCGCCCGGACCAAGGAGCUGUCCAUCCUCACCCACGACAUCCAGAGCCAGCUCAACAUGGGCCGCUUCACGGAGGUGGGCGACCGUCUCCUGGAGAUGGCCGACCUGGUGGUGUCCCUGACCGAGUGCUCGGCCCACGCUGCCUACCUGGUGGCCGUGGAGACGCCUGGCGCCCAGCCCUGCCAGCCUGGCCUGGUGGACCGCUACAAGGUGACCCGCUGCCGGCACGAGGUGGACCAGAGCUGUGGCGUGCUGCGGGUCACCCCGCUGCCGGAUCUCACCCCCCAGCUCCUCCUCGAGCUCUCGCAGAACAUUUCCACCAGCCUCAAGAACCUGACGGACAUCUCGUCACUCGCCAGCGAGCGCACCCGCGACCGCUUCGCCAAGGAGCAGUUCAAACUGAGCGUGAAGAGCAUGAGCACGAGCGGCACGGCCUUCCUGGCGUGCGUCAAAGAGGUGAAGACGCAGCCCAGCGAGCUGACGCGGAGCCGCUGCGUUCUGUUCAGCACCGCGCUGGUCCAGGCCGUCAGCGCGCUGGUCGGGUUCGCCACGGAGCCACAGUUCCUGGGCCGAGCGGCAAGCAUCUCGGCCGAAGGGAAAGGGGUACAGACUGCAGUGUUAGGGGGGGCCAUGAGCGUGGUGUCUGCCUGCGUCCUCCUCACUCAGGGCCUCCGGGACGUGGCACAGCAUCCCGAGAGCAGCUCCAAAAUGGCAGACUACCGCGAGCGUCUGCGAAACUCGGCGUGCGCCGUGUCAGACGGCUGCACUCUGCUCACUCAGGCACUCAGAGAACGCUCCUCUCCCAGGACUCUGCCGCCAGUCAACUCUCAUUCUGUGAAUUAGUUUAGGAAGGGGCCACAGUGCCCUCUGUCCUAUUCUGACGUACCAAAGAGACUCACUUGGGUUCUCCCUGUUCAUCAGGUUUAGAGUCAGAGCUAGGGCUGGGUACCGAAUUCAAUACUUUUUAGGCACAGACUGAUUUGUCACCUUUAGUAUCGAGUAACGGGAAAUGCUUCAAUACCAAAUUUUAAAUUUUAAACUAAAUCUCAGCAUCCGUGACCCAAUCAGGAGGCAGCAUGCUUCUACCAAUAUCAAAUAAUGUUUUUGAUUGGCUGUCUAAUGUUAAACGUCAUAGAGACACGCAGGAAAAACUUUAACGUUGUUAUGAACAGGUUUACUUGGUAGGAGCUAUAAAAAAAGAUUUCCUCUGGAAUUUGUUUUGUUAAAAAUGGUAUUCAUUCAGGGACCGGCAGGGUUCAAAAUUCCCCACUCUCCGUCCACCAGUCAAAUGGCUAGUGAAUGUUCAAAUUUCUUCCAGCAACUCAAUACAUUACCAUUGUUUAUUUUUGGCUUGUGAGUGAAGCCAAUCUACCAGCCUUUUGCAUAUUUUUACCAGCAUUUGGCUUGUGAAUGGUGCCAAUUUUGAACCCAGGUGACCGGUAUCAAAGUCACGGUACCGGUAUCGCUGAUUUCUGACCGAUACCCAGCCCUAAUCCGAGUAACAUCAAAAGAAGGCUGUCUGUGGGUCUGUUUUUUUUAAUGUGGUUGAAGUGUGUUUUUAAAAUGCA